AACAGUAGAUCAGCGUCCUAAAUAGACAUUUCAAGAUUAAUUUCUUAGAAAUAUGGACGAAUACUCCGAAAGUCAGUCAAAAAUGUUAUGCUGUAUUUGUCUCAUUAGAGACCGCAAAUUAAUUCAACUUUGCAGGCUCAAGGAUGGCGUUAAUAACUUCUAUUCAUUACUUUUUUCCGACGCAGAAGCUUACAGGGAAGGUUUCUUCAAAGACACAGCCAGCCUAUUCAUCUGUUGGGAGUACAAGUGUUCUCAGUGCGACAAGGGCUACCGGUCGCGGGGCGAGCUCCGCGACCACGUCAACUAUCAGCAUAUGGGCAAAACGCAGCACAAAUGCCCAGUCUGUAGCAAGGCGCUGGCGACGCGACGUUGCAUCACGCGGCACGUUCGUCGCGCGCACCACGGCGUCAAGGAAAACGCACGAGACAAGAUCUGCCAGCAGUGUGGAAAAGCCUUUAGGGACAAGAAAGGCCUCCGCGAACACGAAUUCAUCCACACCGGCGAACGGCCGCUUUCGUGCGAAAUAUGUGGACGCACCUUCAGACAGACGGCGUCUCUCUACACGCACAGAAAGAGAGUGCAUCACGUGUAUCCUAUGAAAAAACAGGUUGAGCUGCUUGAAACCACUGAAUCGCAGCAAAACAACGUUAGUUAGCAGUAAAUUAUUUAUUGUAAAUAAAUCA